UGAUUGGCUGCCUGUGGUUGUGCUGAUUCUAUAAGCUGGUCAACCAUCUCCCCAACCUUGAGACAUUUAGGGUGUUGAUGAGUUUUUGCUUCGUUUUGGCAUCCCAGAUUCCUGAUCAGGACAGGUAAAAUGAGUCUGCGGAAGCAAACCCCCAGUGACUUCUUAAAGCAAAUCAUCGGCCGACCAGUCGUGGUAAAAUUAAAUUCUGGAGUGGAUUAUCGAGGGGUCCUGGCCUGCCUGGACGGGUACAUGAACAUCGCCCUGGAGCAGACGGAGGAAUAUGUGAACGGACAGCUGAAGAACAAGUACGGGGAUGCCUUCAUCCGAGGAAACAACGUGUUGUACAUAAGUACACAGAAGAGGAGAAUGUGAAGAUGCCGUGAGAACAAAGCACACAAUACUUUUCACACAGGAAUAUAUUUUUUAUGAAAUUUUUUGGGGUUCUUUUGUGAUAUGAUUUACCCUAUUUUUUUAAUAGUUGGUGAUUUGUGACUGACAUGUGAGUAAGAUAAAUGUAUAAAAUUGUUGAUUUGAUUUGUAAAGUGUCUUUUCAUAUUUAAGUUUCAGGCAUUGUCAUAUGUCAGUGUGCAGAAAGCAAGAAGAAUAAAGACUAUUUCUCGCUACACAAUUUUUAACCUCAGUUUCAAGCAGUGUCACUUGCUUUGCUGUGUUUAUUUGGCCGAUGGAGCUUGGCGUGUGAUAAUUAAACCAUCUCGGGGAUGUCCUUUUUUGGCCUGUCUUCUUCUAUUG